AUGGCUCGCUCACACAACAAUGGAUAUCAGUCUAUGUUAAACACCCAGUUCUCCACUUCGCCUAAUUCUUACCAUUCUACUCACGAUGCCCUGUUGCGAAAUGCACAUGAGGACAGCAAUGGAGCAAUGGCACAACCUGAACAACAAAGAACUAGCCAAGUCACUACCCGCUCAAGUUCAAGUGAUACGUUACAUGCAUUAUCCAAAGGACAAGACCACAAGAGCGAUAACGAGGAUAGUGACGAUGAGAUGCAAAGAGCCGAACGGCGUCCCUUGUUGAGUGGUAAUCACCACAGCAACACCAGCAACAACAACAACAACAACAACAACAACAAACAAAAGCACCAUGAACAGCCACACUCUACUUUGAUGCAAGUAUUACAUGCUAUCCUUGGCGAGAUUACUGGAUCCGAAUAUCUUGAAAACUCGGGUAGCGUAGCUCGAGAUCAUCUUGCUAAUGAACGGACGUACCUCGCUUGGCUGCGAACCAGUUUAUCGACCAUAUCUGUGGGCGUAGGUAUCACACAGCUGUUUCGCCUGGACAGAGCAGUGGAGCAUGAUCCUUAUCUGAGAACGUGGGGUAGACCUGUCGGACUCAUAUUCAUAUUCAUGGCUAUGCUGUUUCUUUCUUUUGCAUUUGUACGCUACUUUCAUUGUCAGACGACCAUGAUCAAGGGAUACUUUCCAGCAUCUCGUGGCAUUGUUGUAUUCACUUCUACCCUCACCCUCCUUUCCAUGAUCGCACUCUUACUCGCUGUCUUUUUUAAACGCUAA